CCCUUAAUUAUCACAUGAAAAUCCACACUGGAGAGAAACAGUACACAUGUGAUCAGUGCGGAAAGAGUUUUAGAAAAAAAGGAGAACUUACAUCACACAUGAGAGUUCACACUGGAGAGAAACCGUACGCUUGUGAUCAGUGCAGCAAAACAUUUUUGAGAGCUUCAGACCUGAAGCAGCACCUGAGAGUUCAUACAAAGGAGAAACCACAUUCAUGUUAUUUGUGUGGAAAGAGUUUUUCACAUCUACAAAGUUUGAAAAUACAUCAGAAAACACAUACUGGUGUCAGAGAGUACAUGUGCUUUGAGUGUGAGAAGACUUUUACUUCAGCGAGCCGUUUAAAACUGCAUGAGAGGAUUCACACUGGAGAGAAACCUUACAAGUGUUCACACUGUGACAAGAGAUUCAGUCAGUCAGGAGCCCUGAAAACACACGAGAGGAUCCACACUGGAGAGAAACCUUACAAGUGUUCACACUGUGACAAGAGAUUCAGUCAGUCAGGAGCCCUGAAAACACACGAGAGGAUCCACACUGGAGAGAAACCUUACAAGUGUUCACACUGUGACAAGAGAUUCAGUCAGUCAGGAGCCCUGAAAACACACGAGAGGAUCCACACUGGAGAGAAACCGUAUCACUGCACUGCAUGUGGGAAGUGUUUCAUUAAUUCAUCUAAUCUACACAGUCAUACUGAACACAUUCACAGUAAGUAGAUAGUAAGUAGUAGUAAAAGGCACAUUUACGUGACACUCUCCAGGCCUGCAAACACCAAAGAUCCAUACAGCGUGACUCCUCGUGACCCCCGAGGGCAGGGGUCUGCAACCUUCAACAUCAAAAGAGCCAUUUCAGACCCUUUCCCACCGGAUAAAACUCUUGCACUUUAGGGCUGUGCGAUUCAUUUUAUUUUCGAUAUUUAGUUUGUCUAAAAUGGCCAGGCUCCUUGGGGUUUUCCAUUUUUGAAACUGGAACA